CGUCGAUUGAUAAGCGAGGGGUUGGUUGAUAAUCAAAGCGGGGUUGUUGUCUCUUUGUGUCGAUGACGCGACUGCUUGCAUCAUCGCUGGGGAACACGACGACAUCUAUAAAGUUCGGGAUGUUCAAUUGCACGAGAAUAACUCUGAGAGCUACAACACAAUCUCUCAAACGAACUGUCCACCAGCAACCACAGAGACACUUACAUAUACUCUCAAUCCCCACCAAGAUGUCGUAUCUCUACGCCGACGACACGCCCGCCGACGUCAAGAAUGCCAAGGGUCUCCACCUCGUCACACAAAACACACCCAAUGGCCAGAAAGUCCAAAUCAUGCUGGAAGAGCUGGCUGCCAUCUACGGCACCGAAUGGACUACGACGCUCAUAAACAUCGCAACCAACGAGCAAAAGAAGGAUUGGUUCCUCCGGUUGGACCCGAACGGCCGCAUCCCGAUCCUGGUCGACAACACAAAGAGCCCCCCGUUCCCAGUCAUGGAGACCUCAGCAGAGCUGCUGUACCUCCUGAAGGAGUUUGACAAGGACGAUGUUUUCGGAUUCAAGGACGACCUUGAGCGCAGUCAGACGCUGCAGUGGCUUUUCUUCUGGCACGGCUCCGGCGCCCCGUACCAAGGGCAGGUGCACCACUUCAGCAAAUAUGCCAAGGAGAAGAUUCCCUAUGCCAUUGAGCGCUUCCGCAACGAGACGCUGCGUGUCUAUGGCGUGCUUGAGAUUCAUCUCUCUGGCAAGUAUUCAGGCGAGCCGAGAGAGUACCUCGCUGGAAAGGGCAAGGGCAAGUACAGCGUCGCGGACAUCGGUACUUGGCCGUGGGUCAAGUUGUGGCCAUACAGCGGUUUCGAGCAGAAGGAGAUGGACCAGUUCCCGCAUCUUCUGAAGUGGAUUGAUCGUAUUGCGGAGAGGCCGGCUGUCAAGAAGGGCAUUAGCGACAAGUAUGUGCAGAACUAACUGGGGAACAUGGGCGAGAAGUCACGGAUGAACCGGUUGUAAUCGGGGUAUUAGGGUAGUAACUCAAUGUGAGUGUUUAUCAGGACCAAACGCUUGACAUUCAAUAUCAUAGGAGAUGCAUGAAGUUCAACGUUACAGAAGUCGUCGGAUUAAAAGGCUUAAAAAACGCCCAUCGACUUGGCUUAACUCUUCUACAGAAAAGUCAGACAUCUGAUUGACGGAGAAAUAGAAGUAUUAGCGAACUACGGCGGGAUCCGUUCCCCGUCUCUCCUACACGUUCGGCUAAAAGACCCUUGCC